AGUCAAGUUCAGAUAGAAAACACAAAAAUAUCGCAUUGUGUAGGUUGGUUUUGCUGUGGUUUUCCACCGAGGGGCGGAGAAAUUGCACUUGGAUCUUGAUUGACUGCAUCGCAUAGCUGUAUUUUGAGUGCUGCCUUUCUGGGCGAACGUCAGUUUACAAUUUCACAGAAUUGUUUACCGCACUCGGCCGAUCGUGUGUCAGUAGAUAAUCUGAGUCACACAUAUAGGUACAACAUCUGUGCAUUGGUUGGGGAUGCAUAUAGAAUAUAGAAGCGCUGAUCUGCUGAUGACACGUGAUGCAAUCGGAAAUCAACAGGCUGACUGGCUGGUCGUAAAACUAAAGACUUAUCCGAACGCUCAGUAAUUCUUUGACACGCCAAUUAGUGCAUUUAUAAUUCAUGACGUGGGUUAAUUGCUACACUUAAACCCAACUAAACGGCCAGCGAUUGGGGGCUUUAGGGCCCCUAAGAGGAAACCCGAACCUUAUCUCGAACAACAGAUAGCAGAUAAAGUUGUUUAUGAUUUAACCCGAAGAGCAGAGAGCCUCUAUGAAUCAGUUUUAGCCACAUCUUCGAGAUGGUAACCACACAACGGACCAAAGAGAUUUGCCAGGUAGUUCGGCUGAAAUCCACACAGGUGUUUCUGGUAGCCGGAACCGUUUUACUAACGGUGAUGGUCAGCUUACUUUGCAUUGGCCUAAUGACUCGUUACGAGGUGGAGAACGAUGUGGCCAACGUGGCGGAUGUGGACUAUUGGAAAGACAAGGUGGCGCCAACUCAGAAAAUCUGGUAUGAUAAGGGCAUAGAAGAGCUCAAUGAAGCGCUGAAAUCUUCCAAGGAUCCCUUGUAUCCUAAAAACGUAAGGAUGUUUCUAGUACAGGGUGUUGAUGCUCGAGACUUGGCUGCCUAUCGUUUUCCAGUUGGGGAUUUUAACCAGGGAAAUACCAACUUUGUUUGGGAUCAGUUUCCCCACUUGGCUCGUUUGAAGAACAGCUGCAGUCAGCAGUUUCCCUGUCAAGUGGAUAGGGUUUCCAGAGCACUUUGGUCAGGAAUACCUUUGGGUGAAGUACCUGAAAAUCAGCAAGAUUGUGAAGAGUUUAUCAAUGGAACGGAAACCACACUGAGUAUUCUUCGCCAGGCUCAAUUGGCUGGUUUAAGAACUGGUUUUGUGACAACUCAAAGGAUUACGGGAUCUACAGGAGCUGCUUUGGGAAAUACCUUCAGCAACUACGAAUGCGAUGAAAGAAUGCCUUUGGGUUCCUUAAAAUCAGGAUGCCAGGAUAUAGCCCGUCAGUUGAUCACCGGCGAGACUGGUAAAUCCCUUAAUAUAAUCAUUGGAGGCGGUAGACAAAUGCUGAGCACUUUGGUACCCAAAACCCGGUGGGAUCCCGUGGAUGAGCUUCUCUGCGAGUCCAACGAUGGACGCAAUCUUCUAAAGGAGUGGAGAAACCAAAAACUCAGGGAGAGCAAAAUCAAAGCUAUAAAAUUCGAUUUGGUACAGCGAACCGAUGAGUUGGAGUCCCUAAAUGCCAGUAGUUUUGAUCAUAUCCUGGGCAUAAUGGCAAAUGGAGAUUUAAGGGGAAAUGCAAGAGCCCCAAGUCUUAAAUUAAUGGUAGAGAAGUCUGUAGAAGUAAUCAAAAAGCCAGGUCAGGGCUAUCUACUUAUAGUGGAGCAGUUUAUCAAGUCAGACAUGGACAAAAUAAAGGAGCUGCAGCUUUUGAACGAAACUUUGGUUAGUCUUCAAGAGGAUAAGGAUACUCUUACUCUAGUUCUCUUGACCAAUGCCAUCUAUUCAAAACCAAGUUUGGAUGUGAGUGAAGAAACGGAGACAAUAAACCACCUUCUGGAGAUUUUUAAUGGGACGGAACUGGAAAUCCAACAAAGAUUAUAUCAAAUGCCUUCAGAUAGUUUGCUGUUCGCUACGGGACCUAAGUCAGCCAUUUUUCGUGGUGUUCGGAAGGAAACCUUUCUGGCACACGCUGUAUCCCAUGUCCUUAGCAGGAGUAGAAAUAAAGGAUAGCACAUUUUAUUCGGGAUCUUUAUGUUAGAGCAAGAGCACAAUCUUAGGAAAGCGCACAAUAUUAAAAUAUUUUGUUGGGCAAUGUCUUUAAUAAAAAAGAUUUUUAAAGGAUAGUUAAUAUGUCUCUGCAGCGUGUUUAACAUGCUAGUAAACUCAAAAAUGUGCCAUUUUAUAUAAUCAUACAAAAAUAGCUGUAUGGAUCAAAAUGGGUAUGAUGAUAAUAUUGAAAGAAUCUGUAUAUAUUUUAUUUCAUUACUUGAAAAAAGACAUAGUCGUUUUUGAAUUUUAAUCUUUAUUGUUUCCGUUAUCCUAAAAAAAAUCCAGAACUGCAAACCAAUAUAGCAGAUAG